AUGAAGAGUAUUCAAAACAUUGGGGAAGCGAUUAGCAAAGGUUUAUUACUACAAAAGGAAAAAGAGUCUGAGAAUAAUUGGAAUAAGAUAGAUAUUGUUUUAAGUCGAAUUUCUGAAGUUGAAAAAGAAAGAGAAGCUUUAGAUGCUUUAAGUUUAGGUAAAUUAGUCUGUAUGGGGAUUCAAAGUAAUCGUAGUAAAUUAAGUGGCACUGGUUGCCGAUGUUUAGCCCGCUUAUCAGAACUUUUGAAAAAUCAAAUGAAAGAUCUGUUAGUUUUUGUUAUUCCAGCCUUAAUCUUAUCUCUAGGUAAGACAAAUAAGGUUAUUUCUAGUCGGGCUUUAAGUACUUUAGAGAUAGUUAGUAGUCAUUGUAAUUUAAAGAUAGUCAGUCGAUACUUAAGAUCUUCUAUGAACAGUCCUAGUAAGAUUGUAAGACUAGGAGUAGUAGAAGCAAGUUUAAGAGGACUAAGACACGAAGUAGUAGGAGAGUACUUAGAAGUACUAGAGAUAGCAGCUGGAGAUGCAGCAGUAGAGGUAAGAGAAAAGGCCAGAGCAGGUAUCAGAGAUCUAGUUGAUUUUGAUCGCAAGUUAUUUGUUGAUAUGAUUAAGCGUUUACCCGAAAAGAUAGCCAAAUUCAUUCCCGUCAAAGAUGUUGUUGUUAAUUUAAGUGGAGAUAAGAUUGGUAGUGGUUUAGUUGUUAAUUUAAGUGGAGAUAAGAUAAGUAAUAGUUUAGAUAAGAUAAGUAAUAACUUAAGUAGUAGUUUAGAUAAGGAAGUGGGAGAUAAGCCAGUGGCUAGUGUUAUUAGUUCUGUAGUGACUCCUCAACGGGAGGCUUACAUUAAGAUAAAGGAUUCUGGUAGUGGAGUGGUUGUACGAGGUCCAAUUAGGGCUUUUGCUAUGCCAAGUAGACCAGUGCCUGAACCUAAACCGACUCUUAAACCUGGCUACUCAAUUGAACGAGUAGGUAUUCGCUUGGAAGAACACCAGCGGGAGAUAGAAGAAGUCUUACGGAAAAGUACGCCACGUAAGACUCCUUUAAGUAAGAAGAGAUUGCGAGAAGGGGCUGAAACUCCAUCUUGUAUAACUAAGAAGGAGAAAGAGUCUGGAGUAGAUCAGAAUGAGAAUGAUUUAGCUAAUUUAUCUUUAGAUAUUAUGAACUUAUCUAUUUCACAGAUAGAAGAUACUGAUCAGAUUGUGCAGGUGAAAGAGGUUAAUGAUAGUAUUUUUAGUGGUGAUGAAGUAGGUCGAGUUAAUAAGUUUGUUCUUUCUUGUGAAGUAGCUGCUAAAGAGUCACAGACUGGUGAAGAUAUGAAUGAAUACUCUAUUUUGGCUUCAGAAGUAGCAAUUAAUCGAGCGACUACUCGUAAGGAGAAGUAA